CCACUAUUCAUAUAGGGGAUGCAUCUUCUCAUUGUUUUGUACAGGGUUUCACCUUUCCACACAAAACCCAGUCUUGUUGCUUCUCUCCACUAUCCACUCCCACACUUUACUGUAAGAGCCACCACAAAAUCCUCCUCUGAUCGCUUUAAAUCCUCUCUCUUCCUCCGGUAAAACCAUAAAUUCCUGUGAAAAACCGACAGACCCCCCACCCUGUUGCUUCUCUCUCUCAGUCUCUUUCAGCACGAACCCUCUCUGCCUCUUCUUCCUAUUUCCCUUACUCAUCUCCUUCUCUCUUCUCUCACUAGUUGACUGCGAACAAGCUGGUUGGGGAUUUUGGUUCCAGGUUCUCCAACACUAAAGACACGAACGGGGCACGAACAGUAAAGGAAAUGAGUUGGUCAUCGAGUGAUAAUUUUUUCGUUAACUCAAAAUUAGAGGUAUUCUCGGUCGACUUCUUUUUUGAACCAUUAGAAUUGACAAAGUGCAAAGCUGUCGUCUAUGAUGGACCGAAGAGUGAUGAUUUCAAGAGGUUCUUGCGUUCUAGGAACUUUCAAGUAAAUCGUCAAGGAAAGGUUAUUGUACAUGUCCAAAAGUGUGAUGACAAUGGUGAAUUCCUUGAAUGUCAGUAUGAUUCCUUCCUUCUAGAAAUGGUGGUACCAUUGGGCGCUUUUGGUUUCUCAAACGUACCAUUACCAAAGCCACAAGCAAUGAACAAAUUGCAGAGCGUCCUGGACAAUACCAAGGCUGAACUGGCGAAAAACAAUGAUGAGCUUAACGAAUUGCGAAGCCUCCUGGACAAUACCAAGACUGAAUUAGCGAAGAAGAAUGAUGAGCUAAAUGAAUUAAAGAAGCAGAAGAUUGAUCAAGAUUGGAAUGCUGAACGGUUCCGAUUGACUAUCAUUGCGAUCACAAACUCAGUGAAGAGAGUGUUUGUUGACUUUGGUCUUGAACCACUGGCAAGUGGAGAUCCAGAGUCUGUGUUGAGAUUUCUUGAGAUUUUACAUGAUCUAUUCCUUCACAAAGAGUUUAGUGCCACUUUCUUAGUCACUGCGAAUGAUAUACUGACCUCGAUUACAAGUAUAUUUGACAAACGCAUUGGCUUAAGCAUUGGCAUGGAAACGAAUAGUUCGACCACACCAGCCCAUCUCAUUAAGAAUCUAUUUACCUUAAGAGGCUUUAUGGAUUCUCACUUCUUUAUUGAUGGAAGCGUUAUUAUUAGGGAUUUGCAUCUGAUGAAUGAGGAUGACCUCCCAAUUAUCUUUCGGGAUUCCAUGGCAGAUGUGGCUGAGCUGAAACAGAAGAAGAAAGGUACAAAAUCAAUUAAUAACAUCGACAAAAACUCCAUCUUCUAUGGGUAUUUCAACAUUCCAAUGGUGGGGAUGUUCAAGGGUGUUUUAACAAGAGUUCAUGUCACAUUGCCGGAUGAGAUCAUGGUGAAACUUAGAGAAGGCAAACAUAACCUUAAUGAUAAAAGGUUUUGGUUUGUAUAUGCCAAUGGGUCAGGCAUAUUUCAACAGGAGGCUUUAAGUCCUGAAUCAAUGGAUAAUUUAGAUAAAGUCAAAUUCGUCCCUUCACGGGUCUUAGGUGGCCAGACAAACUUCUUAGGUUUUUUGCUUAGGAUGAAUCGAACCUUCGUCAACAAGAAUGGGACAUAUCUCAAGUUCGACUUUAUUGCAGCCAAGUGUUCAGGUGUGAAGAACGAUAAUGUCCUUCGCUAUUUUGACAAGGAUUUUGCAUUGAUUAAACCUUUUAAGUUGGUGCAAUUUGAUGCAAAUGAAUGUGCAACUGAUAUCAUUGAACGAAAUGCUUCAGGCCCUGGGUUAUGGACAAAUCAGAGUCAGAAAGAUGCCGCCUGGAUUGUAAAUGAAGCUCUGGGUAAUAGCUGUUCUUUCAUGUUGAAUGGUAUCUGUUUUAUUGGGAAACUAACAAAAGCCUCCGGUACUUUCUGCAAUAAUGCUUUGGUUAGUGUAUUCUUUGAACAAACCCAACAUGGGGAGAAUUGUUAUGUGGAUGCUCUAGCAACAACUUUCUUUGUUUUAGAAACAGAGAAAAUAAUUUCGUUUGACAAUGGUAAAAAAAAGGCUCUGGAAUUUACUUAGUAGGCGGUCCUGUAGUUCAUUUGGUCGUUUAUUAUAUUUUAGUCUGUUUAAUCAGUUUUGUUAUAUAGGUAAACUUUGAGGCUACCUUGAAUUGACUGGUCACACUAUUGUAUUGUCUCUUCCUUGGAGAUGUCAGUUUAAUUGUGCUUUAGUUGGUUCCCCA